AUGCUGAUUAGUGCUGCUGAUGUGAGCAGCGCUGCGCUUAGGGAGGAGAUUCAACGGCGGAAAGAUUUCUUUGCACUUCUGAAUGUUGUGGCGCAUCGGAUGUAUACACCUACGACCGUGGAGUGGCGACUUAUAGAUCACUGUCUGGGUGAGAUAAACUAUAGGUUUGCAGACUUUUCUUUUCUUGCGGGUUUUUUAUUAGUGAUGCCGAUUUGCAGACAUAAGCGUACAGCGUUUUCACGCUACGUCCUGCCAUUUUAUGCGGGUCUUGUUGCUUAUGACAAUGCUCUGAGGUUGACGAACCCGUGCCCUGCAGUUACCUUCUGGAAUUCCGUGGUGCUCCUUGACGGUCACUUGGGUGAAACGGCACGUCAGAUAUAUGCGCCCAAGUGCUUUUACAAAGUUGAAAAUGGGCAUCGCCAGACCGGGGCACCGGUACGUUACGCCACUUUUCUGCACUUGUUGUGGGACACCGUUUCCGUUACCGCAGGUUCACUAUUACUUCAGACGCUGUUGCGGUAUACUUUCAAUCGGUCGAGUUGGAUGCACGAGUCGGGAGGCAGCACUGUCACAUCUCUUGUCAUAAGCACUCGGCUCUUUAUUUGGAACGUGUUUGCGCUGAAAUCGGAGGACACGAGUGUGGGGCGUGAAUACACUCUUAGGUUGAGUCUUCCCCACUUUAUCGUAUCACCGGGCCUUGUUCAUUCUUACCGUAGUCGCCACCUGAUUCUUUCACGGUCCUCAUUUGGGAGUCACAUGUGGUACCUUGCACACUUCCCGUGGGUAUAUUGCCUCAGUUCUAAAGGUAGAAGUCAAGGCGAGUGA